AUGAGUAUAAAAGAUAGAAGGAAGAAACCAAUUAGUCUUAAAAAAGACAAAUUAUUUUCUGAUCAUACAAGUCAACAAACAAGAAGUUCUUUAGCAAAAACGACAUCAUAUCAAAGUGAUAGAGAAUCAUUACCUACACCUUCAAUGAAUCCAAAUCCAAAUCAAACGUUAUUAUUUUAUCAAUAUGACAGUGAUGGGUUUGGAGAAUUAACAAUUCAAGAAAUAAGAGAAUUUCUCCAAAACGAAAAAGGCAUGUAUUUAACAGAUGAACACAUUCAAAGUAUUAUGUCAAACGUUCUUAUGCAAACAGAUAGAAUUAAAAUUAAUGACUUUAUGAAAUUUUGUAAAUACAUUGAAACAGACCAAGAGUAUUUAGUAAAUAAGUCAUCAUUAGAUAAUAGUCCUGUUUAUCGACAUGAAGACUCACUUUUUCAACAAAGAGAUCAAGAUAAACCAAAAUAUUUACAAAAUGUUUGUGUUAUAUUGUAA